UCGUUCUUUUGAACAAAUCGUUCACUGACGAGCCAACGCUAUAGCGCAGUACUCCUCUUUCCUCCUCCACCUCCACCACCGCAUCAACUUCAUCUUCUGCGGGAAGGACACACACGCGGGACCAUGACUUUCCUGUCAAUAUUAGCAGUGUUGGCUCUUGUGGUUACCACUGAAGCAAGUGUUGGCCCGAGCACCAAUGACAGCUUUUGCACCGAGUCAAAGGAAUGUCUGGAGUUUGAGCUGGUCUGCAAAACAGAUGAAUAUGAAGUGCGACACUACAGCCCCACUCGCUGGGUGUCCACAGACGCCGAGGCCUACUUCAUGGGUGUGGGUGCUGCCAUGGCCUUCAGGAGACUUUUUCAGUACAUCACCGGUGCCAAUGAAGCAGGUGUACAGAUGGAGAUGACGGCGCCCGUGCUGGUUAAAAUCCCGGGGGAAACCAAAAUGUGGGAGCCGGCUGUCUACACGCUCAACUUCCCGCUGCCGCAAGCCUAUCAAGACAAGCCGCCCGCACCGACCAAUGACAAGUUGUAUUUCACCGAGAUGCCCGAGAUGGACGUCUAUGUGCGUAGCUACGGAGGUUGGAUGUUGUCGGUGACGUCCAGGCUUCAUGCGCACCUGCUGACGAAAGAGUUGGAGAGAGUGCGGGCGUCUUACAAUCAUACCUACCACUAUGGUGUCGGCUACGACAGUCCCUUAAAGCUUCUCAACAGGCACAACGAGGUGUGGUACGUAUCCAAGGGGUCGCCAGUGUGCUCAGAUCCAGAAGAGCCCACCCCUGCUCACACCCCCAGGACGUCACCGAGCCCUCCUGCCGAACUCCCAUUGGAUCGCCUUGCAGACUCCCCCUCCCUCACCACCGCCAACCUGAACUCAUCCAACACCUCAGACACGCCUACUGACACACCUUUGGACACACCCCCACGCCCCUCUUCUUCCCGCCUCUUGAUCAACCUAAGCCCCGCCCCUACCUUGGCUAAGGUCCUGACAGACGUGUUGCCCAACGCCACUGGGUUCGCCUCCGUGGCCAUCUCACUGGAACCCAAGGGGGACACCAACCUGGCAAACGGCACGCUGCCAGUUUUGGCCAACCCCCAACAAGAUGGCGUCUAAGUGGAAACGUGUUGUUGUCAACACUACUACAUCCACUAUGUUAACUCCUUGUGCUUCACUAGUCACUCACGUAUGCAUCAAAAAAUGACAGCAAUUAGCUGCUGAGUUGGGUAGAAGGUAACGCUAAAAAUAGGAAUCGGCGUUGUAUAAGUCGCUGUUUGGUUUCUGAAAAGAAAUGUAGUUUGCACUUAAAAUUAAAACAGCUGUUUGUCGAUUCACCUAGUCACAGAUUUUGUUUGAGGGCCUGUCCUCUACUCUAACUUAAAAGUAAUGCUUUUGAUGCCAUUCUUUUGACAGCUUGAUGCAAAGGAAGUAUUGUAAGUUGACAGACAGUGUUGUAUCUGAACAUGUUCAAUGAACAAAAGUUGCUUCGUCAA